AUGUCGUUGGCUCUCCGUACUUUGGGUGUUGCUCGUAACCAACUCCGCUGUGCUUCCUUCCAGGCAAUCCCAACCAAUGCUGGGAAGGUCCCACCAACCGUUGAGCAAUUCGACCCUCUCAAUCCAGGAGAGUGGCAACUCGGAGCUGGAGGAAAGAUCCUUCCUCGUCUUCCUGAGGGAACACGUGUCGGCAAGCUCGUAAUGGGAAAGUACGGUCUCUAUGAUCCAGUACUUCGCAAAAGAGUUGAAACUUACUCUCAAGCUCUUCUUGAUGGAAAGAAGUCUGAGGAAGCUGGACCUUACGAUCGUGGAGUUUCUACCAUCGUUAAGAUUCUGGGAACAUCCUGUUUUGUUAUCGGUCUGUACAACCUCGUCACUCUCGCUUACGGAAAGCCUCUUCCACCAUACACCGGCCUCAAGGCUCCCGGCUCUUAA